AGUAGUUCCUGCUAGUGGUGCAUAAAAACACAGAGACGGAAUAACAAGAUGGAAGAGAAUAGUAUGUUGAAUAUGCAACCACUCAGUGCGGUUCCUAGGCAAAGAACCAACAAGUGCGACACAUGUACAAAAACCUUUAGACGACGCGAUGAUUACGAUCGGCACCAGUUUUUGCAUGCAGGAGUGUACACAUAUCCUUGUCAGGAGAAAAACUGCUGUAAAACAUUUACUAAUCGGUCGCACUUGCUACGACACAUGCAGACGAAGCAUCUCGAACGAAGCAGUGCAUCCAGUCCGAAAGUAUGGAACUGUGAGCAUCCAAACUGUACGAUGCAGUUCGCCAGGAAGCACGCAAUGAAGCGUCAUUACAAUGUGAAACACACACUCGGGAAACAGUACGUGUGUGAUUUGUGCAGUGAACGAUUCUGGCGUAAGCUUCAAUUGAAACAGCACAUGAUCCACCAUACUGGUCAGUAUCCCCAUAAGUGUGAACCUUGCGGACAAGGUUUCAUUAAUCUCAAGUCGAUGCGAGACCACCGGUGCCAACGCAAUAGCUACAAGUGUACUAAUUGUUCGAUAAUGUUUGUCCGUUGGCUGGAAUUGGUCACACAUCAGCGGCUCGAACAUGCAAAACAAUUUCGAUGUGAGGAGUGUAAUAAAUUAUUACGCACGAAACGUAAUCUGAAGGCCCAUGCGCAGGUACAUCUGGCGGAAGAUGUGCAGGAAGUGUACGAGUGUCCUUAUGCCGGGUGUACGCGGUUCUAUACAUACAAGCGCAAUCUAAAUAUACACGUUCGCUCGAAGCAUCGAAGCACGAAGUCGGAGGAGUAGCUUAUCGCGACAAAGCUUAUACGGUAGAUUCCUUAUUGUCCUUUAUAAUGAUAACCGAUCCUUUGUAGCUCCGUACAUGUACUUUUAAAUUAUAGAGAAGGUAUGUAUGUUAAGAUUCUUGUGUAUUGAAUAUUAAAAAAAACAUCUAUGUACAUCAUUCGUAAUAAGGGUCAGUAUCGCAUACAAGAUGUUCUGUGUUUGUACGCAUUUGACGAUUACAAUCCACAGAACUUUUUUAAUUUGGCCAUGAUUAUACAAAAGUCUUUGGCUUAAAGUUAUUAUUUUAUUUAAAUACAGAUCCUCAGCAAUACCGUGGGGCCAUCAGCAAGGACUUACACGAAUUGAACUAUGGCUCAUCACACGAAGUCGGUUGAUACGGUCUGGUGGCAAUCAUGGGAAUCAUCUGAAUACAGGCUAGAUAGAUAUUUAUUCGACUCAUAAUUCCAAAAACCCGAUAAUUUUUUAACAACAAUUCAAAAUGGUUGUGUCGUUUUGUAGACUCAUGGAUAUUCUACCCGUCGAUUAAUCCGGCCCCGGAUAAACGAGAUUUGUUGCAUUAAUAUUAAUAAAAAUUUAAAAGUCGCCUCU